AUGGUGAUUAAUAGGAUGACUGACAAAAAACAGUAUUUAGCUGAUUAUUCGUUUGAAUACUCUGUUGACGAUGGCAAACGGUUAACUGGGUUGUUCUGGGCUGAUGGUUUAUGCAAGCUUAACUAUAUGGAAUUUGGCGAUGUGAUAUCGUUCGAUGCAACCUUCAAGACAAACAGGUACAAGAUGGUGUUUGUUCCGUUCACAGGCAUUGACAACCACUGUCGGAAUGUAACACUCUCAGCUGGGUUGUUAGCAUCAGAGAGUAUCGAAUCAUAUAAAUGGCUUCUAAAUUCAUUUUUAAAGUCAUUUGGUCGACAGCCUAAUGUUGUAGUGACGAAUCAAGACCCUGAUAUGAAACAGGCUAUUGAGGAGGGUGAAAACCCUGAACGGCCUUUAGUGGCCGAAGAAGAAGAAGAUGGGACUGCCGGUAGUGGAUUACCGGCGCUGAAGUGGACCAGGAAAAGCUUUGAUCGCCUUAUGCUUGAGGUCCAAAUGCCCUCGGAGUAUGGGGCUCGGUACCCAUCAGAGGGUGAUACUGGUGCCGACGCUCCGGCCGGUUAUGUGACCAUGUGGUCCGAUUUCUUCGUAGAUUGUAACCUCCGAUUACCGUUGACGGUGUUUGUUGUGGAUAUCUUGGAGUGGUACAGGGUCCACAUUUCUCAAGUGAGUCCAUUUGGGAUGAUUCGGAUUCGUAAUUUUGAGUUUACCUUUCGUGCUCUUGGCAUAGAGCCUACCGUCGGAGAUUUCCGACGGUUUUAUCAGAUGACGGUGUUCAUGGGGUUCUUUUCUUUCCGUCAACGAGACGGUACCCCGAAGCUGAUGACUCCCCCUAAGGGGAUGACGAUGUGGAAGAAGAAGUUCUUCUAUAUCAAGUCUGCUGCCCUUGCUGUGGAUAUGACGUUUCGGAAUGUGACCGAGACGAUCAUAGCAGAGACCAUUGCGAUGCCCAGUUUGAAAUCAGUGCAAUGGUUCCCGCAGCUGCAGACUAUUGAGUCUGUGAAAUUGACCAACACGCAACUAUGGCUGUUGCGUAUGAUGUUGAGGAGGGGCAAGAACUCGAAACCCGUGGUGCGGGAAAAGAGCGGUGAAGAUGCUCCCGCAUGGAGGAUGUUUGCUCCGGAUUUCGAGGGUACGGUUGAGACCGUAGUUUGUGCGGAUGGUGAACAGGAUCACAACACUAUCAUCCGUAGUAACUUCCGGGUGCCUACUGCGGCUGCACUGGCAGUUGAGUUGCCAGUAGGCAAAGGUGAUCUUAGGGCCUUGGGGGACCCUGAAGCGAAAGGUGUGCCAAAGAGGCAAACUGUGAAGGGCGUGCGCUUUUGCCAAAAGAAGAUAAAGGAGGUCACUACUGUGCCUCAUCUGGUGCCGCAGGCAGCAGCCGCGGAGUCACGUUCUGGUGCUGCGAAGAAGCAGGCAGAAGAGGUGGCUGCGGGAGGGACAGCUGCGGGUCCCCCUGUGAUUGGUGAGAAGAGGAGGCCAGAGCAGAAAGCUGCUGGUGGUGUUGAAACCAAACGUCGGAGGCUAGUAACCAAAAGGUCUGCUCCGGCGCAGAAAAAACCUGCGGUUGUCGUUGAGCGUCAAGAUGAAGAUUUUUCUAUCUUCGAUGCUCCGGAGUCCCCUCCGCGUGCCAUGGGUGCGGGUGGAACGGAGGUGCCGUCGACACCUCCUGUCAAGGUGGUACCUGAGUCAACCGUGCAGAAGGAGGGUACCGCAGAGAAUGCUGCGGCCCAGAUAUUCGAUACUGUCGACUCGUCUAACAACCUGAUCUCUCCCAAUGAGGGAGACGAUUUGAGUUUGCGGUUCACUGCUACUGGGAAGCAACAUUCUGACGCUGAACCGCAAAAAACUGGCGCUGAAGCGCGGCAGCAUGAUGCUGGGCCGCAGAAGUCUUCGGUUGAUAAGGGUACUAGCUCGUCUGCCGGUGGUGCGGGGGGGAUGAUAUUGCUAACGACCCUGCGGCCUGCAGGGAGAUCUUGGGCGGUCUGGGGACCCCCUUUGAAGUUGAGCGGGCUCGUGCCGCACCGCGGGAGCUGCGUAUAA